CUGCCAAACUUUUAUCCAGAGUGGUUGUAUUAUAUUAUUACACCUACCAGAGUGUAUAAGAGUUCCAGUUGCUCCACAUUUUUGCUAACAGCACGGCAGGCCUUUUAAAUUGUUAAUAUUUUAAUAGGUAUGUAGUGUUACCUCAUUGAGAUUUUAAUUUGUAUUUACCUGUUGAUGAUUGACUAAUGAUGUUGAGCAUCCUUUCAUGUGGUUCUUUGCAUCCCCAUAUCUUUGUUGGGAAAAUGUUCAUAUUGUUUGCCAAGUUUUCUUUUUUUUUAAUUUGUUUUUUCAAGCUUGAGUUUUGAGAAUUCUUUAUGUAUUCUAGACAUGUCUUGUUUCAGAUUUGUGAUUUGCAAGGAUUUUGUCCCAGUCUGUGGCUUGGGCAAUGAAUCCAUCCCUUGUCUGUAAAGAGGCAGUUCUGAGAUUCCCACGGUUGGGAAUGAGGAGGCCUUGAGUUGGGUCCCAGCUCAUCCAGGCAAGAGUGUUGCUGUUGGCUGAUAAUGGAUUUUUAAGAAUAAAUUAAAAAAAUUUUCCUGUUUAUAAAUGUAAAGUUUGCUCAUUGGAGGCACUUUUUAAAAUGCUGAAGUGGUACCUAAGGCAAUGAGUCUGGGACAUGCUUGACAGCUCCAAGCAGAAGAAGGCCACUGUUAAUGCCAUGCAUAUCAGAGGCAUGCAUACUUGGGGCUUCCCGUGUACUCAGCUGGGGCAGCAGGAUUGUUACAGGCCUCCUCCACUUUGGGGAUGAGGCUCUUGACUUCCUCUUAAUUUCGCCUGGGGUGGCCUCUAAAAUGGGGUGGGCUGAGAUGGCAGUUUGUUCCCCUAAAUGUAAGUUGAGUGCUGCAUUUGCAGGGCCUGGUCAGGAACUGGUCUCAGCACUUAAUACAUGUUCAUGAAAUAUAAAGUAAGUAAAGGCCUUGGUCAUGUGGCAUUAGCAUAUGUCUUCAGAACAGAGAGCUAAUAAAUAAAGCUUAGGAAAGUAGGGAUUUAGAAUGACAGAAAUGGAAUUAAAUGUGUUUGAUUAAUAUUGGGAAAUAUGAUAUGAAAGUCCAACACAGAUGCCAUAAUGUUAAGGGCACCUUGUCUUUGGUGCUUUGUUGAUGAAAGCAUUCAGUCUUGGUGCCAAAAAGACUUAGUUUAAAAUUACAGCUCUGCUGGAGUUUCCACUGUGGUGCAAUGCUAUCACUGGUGUGUCUGGAGCACUGGAACACAGGUUCAACCUCUGGCCUAGCACAGUGGAUUAAGGAUGCAGCGAUGGCGUAGGUUACAGUUGAGCUCAGAUCUGAUCCCUGACCUGGGAACUCCAUGUGCCUCGGGGCGGCCAAAAAAGAAAAAAAAAAUUUAUAGCUCUCUGCUACUUGCUAGCCACAUAGCUUUGCAUCACUAUUUAACCUAUUUAGUUCUUUCACUUAUACAUUGUAAAUAAUUAUAUGUACCUGAUAGGGUGAUUAUAAGAGUAUAGGAGAUAGAGUCUGUAAGGUGUUUUGGUACUGUGCCUCCUACAUUGGGAGCUUGGCAAAUUUAAUUGGCUCCCUUACCAUCCAUUUGGAUCUGCAACUCAGGGCAGAUUGACCUACACAAAUCCUGGGGCAAUUUGCAAUUUCUAGAAGGCUUUCGCUCAGACGAAAUCUAUGCUUACCCUCCCUACUUGAUUUUCUGGGGUGAGUAGAAAGUAUGAAACUGAAAUAUAGGGCACUUGCUGGCACCAGGAUGUUUCCUGUGCUGUCACUUAUAUCUCUUUGCUUAUAUAUAUAGGGACUGUCCUCAGAAUGUGACAUGUCCUCCCAAGUUCCCUUCAACUUCCCUCCUGGUUGUUUUUUAGGAUUUUGCCCUGCUUGAGUGUACAAAGCUGAAUGUGCCAAGACCAGAGGGCGGAGAGGAGAAGGGUGUGUGUGUGUUCUGGGGGGGGGAAAUGCAGUCAUCUCACCCACACAGAUAUCUGCACUGAUGGGAAUUUAAAGUCGGCUGCAGUUUUACAGUGUAUGCUGUCCCUGAGUGUCUGAACCAGAUAACCAACUGUCAAGGCAGUUUGCAGUGCCUCCUUUUUUUUUUUUUUUUCCUCCAGAUGACUUGUUUCAUGAGGCUUAAACUGGUUAUGGCAUGUCGAGGAACCUGGACAGAUUUUUUUUUUUUUUUUUUUUCCUUUCCUCAGUCUAGUAUCUGAUUUAUGGUUACUGAGAUCCUUCCAGUUUCUGGUGUUAUCUGUUGAUUUUAGUUUUACUUGUAGUGAUUUCUUGGGCUGUUUCUUGCAGGUUCCAAAAUUGAGAGAGGUUGCAUGGUUCAAGGCACACAGAUUUCAAACUGGAAGUCCCUGCUCCUUAAUUUCUGGCUUUGUCUUCUGAAACCUAGAGAGGGUAACAGCAGAAGCAGCAAUGUUUCACUUCUUCAGAAAGCCUCCGGAAUCUAAAAAGCCCUCAGUACCAGAGAUGGAAGCAGAUGGAUUUGUCCUUUUAGGAGAUACAGCGCAUGAGCAAAGAGUGGCAGAAAGAAGCAAAGCUUUAGAUGUAGAAGGCAACCAGCAUUUGGAGACCAGCAAAGAAAACUCAUCCAGUGUGACUGUAGCAAGCCCUGAGACGGAAAAUAAGGCAGGCCAGACUCUGGAAAACAGCUCAUUAAUGGCCGAGCUUCUGAGCGACGUACCCUUCACCUUGGCCCCACAUGUGCUGGCCGUGCAGGGCACCAUCAGAGACCUUCCUGACCACUUACUCUCCUAUGAUGUCAGCGAAAACUUAUCAAGGUUUUGGUAUGAUUUCACUCUUGAAAACUCAGUACUCCGUGAUUCGUAAUCUUUACCUCUGUUUGCAUCUUAACAGCUCUAAAGACAAGUUUGCCUAUUUAACCUGUCUGAUGUUCUUAGCCAUUUCACUAUUUAAGGCCCUGAAAGGCCCUCAGAAAAGCGAGGAUCAUAAAGCAAAUAAUAUUAUAUUCAUUGCUCUAUUUUUUUAGAACAGAGCGUAUUUGUAUAAAAAUUGAACUUAAGAUCAACUUCCUUUCCCCCACAUAAUAUAAAAAUUAGUUUAUCAAAGUUUUAAGAAAGGAGUAGUUUCUAUCAACCCAUCUCUCAAAACACAACACCUCAAGUUUACGUUAGAAGAACUGUGAAAAAGAACUGAGGCAUUUUCUUUAGUUACCACAACCCUGAAGUCUCUCUUACAGUGAAUGUGAUUUUUGUUCUCUAGUUUGGAGGAAGAUUGAAUUGAUGUUUUUCCUUCCACUGUGUUUAUGAAUGAAUUCAGAAAAAAAAAAAAAAAAAAAAGCCAGUUAGCUUAAUUUCUUCAGUCUUGACUUAGACAUUGCUAUGGAAGUUUAAACCUUCUCCUAGGGAGCAGUGGUAGUUGGCUGUUGCUGAUACAAGAACAGUGGUUGGCUCUUUCUUCAUAGUGACACAUUUCAGUGUCCUUAAGCCCACAGCAGUCCUUUCCACCUUGAAGGAGUCCUGGGCUCCUGCCUUUGUUUUUUUGCUACUUCAGGGUGGGCUCUCCUCCCAGCUUUCCCAAGAAUAUCCCCUGCCUUUUUCUUCGUUGGCAUUUGCUGUCCUUACGACCUGUGUUCCUGGUUUAUGAAGAGAUGCAUAUUUCCUUUCAACCUCUCUCCCUCCCAGAGAAAAACAUCUCAUGAUGAUACAUAUUAUUGCUGAUAACACCCUUAUUUAGAAAUUUGUUGGCCACAAUACAGAUGGAAAUGUUUACUGCUAGAAAAACUGCAGUCUACUCAUUUCCAAUUAUAGUCAAAACACCUAGAUAGAACUUUCAGUUCUUGAAUAUCCAUUAUUUAUUCCAACUAAAACAGAAAAGAACUGCCAUUGGUCCAUAAAUUGUAAAGGGAAGGGGUAAACUGUGAUAGAGUAUUUUCUAUGCCAUGGAAAAUUUAAAUCACAUUUGUUCUGAUUAGCGGCAAUACAAUUUAUUGAUUCUAUGCCAAAUCUUAAAUACAUUUUUUCACAAAGAUAGAGUGCCAUAGCAAAAUGAAACACUGUGUGUAAAGGUACAUGAAUUAUUCAAGUUUUAAUGUGUCACGCAUGUUUAAUAAAUGUGGUAUGGUCUUGAUAAAAAUGCUAUAUAUUUCAAAGUUAAAGGAAAAUUUCUAUUAAAAAAAUAUGCUUCAUUUACAAAUAACUUUACUAUAUGAGGUAAAUGAUUAAAUUAGACCUUAACAGAGUUUUCAUAAAACACCAGUCUAGAAAAAUCUAAUUUAUUACUAAGUCAAAUGUGAACAUUUUAUAGCAGUUUUUGUGAAAACAUGUCUUUUGUCAAUAUCCAUGUUCUCUACCUUAAAGCCAAAUGUAAGCAUGACAUCAAUUUGUCUAUGUGUUAAAUUUUGUCUAAAAUACUUAUACAUUUCAUUUAUAUGUAUAUCUACCAUGUUAUACAUAUGCUUAUAAGCAUUUUCAUUUGUCUAGAAGAGAUUGUUAUAUUUAAAUAAAUAUGAAUUUUAAAAAAA